UUUUCAGCUCUCUCUUGAUUGUAUCGAGUCUACAAUGUCGGGUUCGUCGGAUUACGUCCAAAACCUUGAGUCCAAGCUGUCAGAAAGACGAGAGACUACAUCUAGGCAACAAACUCGAAGUUGCGCUAAUUUCUUCUCAAAAUGCUUCAAGGGGCGCUCCCGAAAAGUAGGACCAGGCCAGAUAUUUAGCGAGAAAGAGCGUAGGACAGCAAACGAAGAGAACGAGAGCGAUGAGGAAGAGGCAUCUCCAAGAGCGAGAUCUUGGUUCAGAGAUAUGUUUUUAAUAUCGCAGAACAACAAGCUCGCUUGGAAAAUGUUUGGCACUAAGUCUAGUAUACUGAGAGAGAAGAAGCGACAGAAACGCCACCGACAGUGGGUCAUACAUCCCUACAGUUGUUUCCGGUGGUAUUGGGAUUUGCUCAUGGUUCUUCUCUUGUUUGUGACUGUUGUUACUCUGCCUGUCAGCAUUGCGUUCUACCAAGACGAAAACCCUAUUCAUUGGUCUGUGCUCUAUUGCUUCACUGAUUUCAUCUUCCUGGUUGAUCUCAGUCUAAAUUUCCGUACCGGAAUUAUCGAAAAAGAUUGUUACGACCAGGUUAUUCUCGAUCUCAAAGAAAUUACGAGACGUUACAUUAAGGGCUGGUUUGUCAUUGAUUUGAUGUCGUCCAUUCCGUUCGACUACUUCACUCUCAUUGCGGCGAGCGCUAGACCAGAGAAUGUCGACUUUAAUGUCUCUCUUUUUAAAGCAUCACGGGCACUGAGGAUUCUCAGAGUGGCUAAAUUGCUAAGCCUAAUACGUCUGUUAAGAAUAUCACGUUUGCUGAGAUAUUUACAGCGAUGGGAAGAGCUAUUUGAUAUAGCCGGUAGUGUUCUUCGAAUUGUUAAUCUCAUUGGUACCAUGCUGCUGCUCGCUCACUGGAAUGGCUGCAUCCAGUUUCUUAUUUCCUAUCUUCAAGGUUCGCCGGAGAAUUCAUGGAUUGCACUAUACCGCUUACAGGGACAGCCUGUUUCAGUACAAUACACGUGGUCUUUGUUCAAAGCCAUAUCUCACAUGUUGUGCAUUGGAUACGGUCGUUUUCCUCCACACACAGUUGGCGAAGCUUGGCUAACUAUUCUCAGCAUGCUCGCAGGAGCUACCUUCUAUGCCAUAUUUAUCGGUCACAUGUCAUCUCUGUUAAUGCACAUCGAUUCCUCUGGACGGCUAUACAACGAGAAAUGGAAUCAGAUGAAGGAAUAUUUGAAGUAUCGGAAGAUUCCAGCUAAAGUGAAACAGCGCAUAUCAGACUACUAUGAGCAUCGAUAUCGAGGGAAAUUCUUUGAUGAACAGUGCAUACUGCAUGAUCUCUCACCACCACUCAGAGCUGAUGUUGUCAAACACAACUGCAGUGUUCUCAUAAAAGCUGUUCCCUUCUUCAAAGACGCGGAUGACACGUUCUUGACUCAAAUUCUCGCUAAACUCACUUUUCAAGUAUACCUUCCUGAUGAUGUGAUCGUUGAAGAGGGAUCAGCUGGUGACUACAUGUACUUCAUUCAACAUGGAAUAGUAGAGGUGUCUACAGGUGAUGGCUUGCUCAAUUACCAGCUAACUGAAGGCGAUCAUUUUGGAGAGAUUUGCUUGCUGACAGACAUGCGCUGCAUUGCUACCGUCCAAGCUGUGACAAUAUGUGAUCUAUUCGCUCUGCAUCACGAAGAUUUUGCAUCUGUUGCUGCUGACUAUCCUCACAUUAAGAAGAUGAUCGAGGAUGUAGCUCUCCAGCGGUUUGCUGAGAAAAGAGAAGUGAUAGCAAACUUUAAAACAGAUCAAGUAAACAGAAUGGCUUCCAGCAAACCAGACGUACUGUCUCACAGCCUCAUAAAUUCACAGUCGGUAGCAGCAACAGGUGCUGACGUUAGAAGACUGAUGUCUUCUCGUGGUGGAGUGACAGCAGCUCGAGGACAGUCAUUAUUAUCAUAUGGAUUUCAUGCUAUGGAGGAAAGACGACGGUUGUCUGCACUGCAGGAAGAAGAUGAACAAGAUACAUUCUAGGAAGGAUGUCUUGGUAG